ACGUCACUGCCUACAACUCUCCCAGAAUUUGGAUCAAGAAGUUUCACUUUUUUUGGUGGGAUUUGAACCUCUGUUAGGUUUCCUAGAAAGCGAGGUAAGCGAAACUACCGAGCACUCUUCCGGCGCUUCAGAGAUACCUGCGACUAUCGGCUGUGUUUGACCCGCUGUGACUGAAGCAGAUUUCAACAUACAGUAAAGGGCAUCGCUUCAACAGUAUUACAGGAAUCCCGUACAUCCAGAGAGGAGAAAAGGUGUCUGAUCCUGUCGUCCCCACCAUCGCUUAGUGUUAAAAUUUGGAACCAUGUGGAACCCAACUAACGACCAGACGGGACAAGUGGCCGCCAGGAUGGAGACCACUCCAUCUUUGGGUAGUGCGAGCAUCUCCGUGUCCCAGCAGCAGGCACCCAAGAAAUUUGCCCCUAUGGUUGCACCCAAGCCCAAGUUCAACCCUUACAAACAGGCAGGAGAUCCCGGCCUCUCUGAUACUGCAGCGGACUACCCUCCCCCUCCACCACCUGCGGAAGAGUCAACUGGUUUCCCCCCAUCCUCUGGUUCCUUCCCUCCUCCUCCACCGGUGAACUCGUAUGAUUUUCAGAUGAAAGGACCAGAGAAGACCCUGGAGGAGAGACGCUCCAGUCUGGAUGCUGAGAUCGACUCCCUCACCAGCAUCCUGGCAGACCUGGAGAGCAGCUCACCCUACAAGCCACGGAUCACACAAAACUCAGGAUCCUCUGCAACCUCGACCCCCAGUGCUCCGGUGACUGGUUACAAGCGCAUGGUCAUUCCAACGCAGCCACCUCUGACUGCCACCAAGAAGUCUACGCCCAAACCUCAGGCUCCUGGGGGAGUCUCGUCUGUCCCCCCUUCUUCUGUCAGCCCCGUGGCCAAGCCUCAAAGCCACACAGCUCCUCAGCCUGUCCCAGCCUCUUAUGCUACAGCUUCAACCCCGAGCCAGCCCACCUUCAAUGUCCAGGUGAGGUCAGCCCAACCUGGCCCCCAGCAUCAAGCCCCAAUGGGGCACAAUUUUGGCCAGCAGCCCAUUCGCAGCCCUGCGCAGGUGCAGUACAUGCCUGCCCAGCCCAAAGGUCCCGACUUUGCCUACGGACCACCACAGCCUGGCUUCUCCCAGAUGGCUCAGGGUGCAUACCCAGAGCAGUACCAUCCAGGAGGACCACAAGUCGGUGGCUCCAGGAGACCUGAGCAAGCCCCCGCCCAAGCAUACCAACCUCCAGGCCCCAAAAAGACCUACAUCACAGAUGUCCCGCCAAGCUUGGCUCCCUACACCGCUGGACCAGCUGUUCCAGCAAAGGGCGGUGCACCCAUGGCCCACCCUGAGGACGAGCUGGAGCGCCUGACCAAGAAGAUGCUGUUUGACAUGGACCACCCACCAUCUGAGGAAUAUUUUGGGCGCUGUGCCAGCUGUGGAGAGAACGUGGUGGGUGAAGGCACCGGCUGCACCGCCAUGGACCAGGUCUUCCAUGUCGACUGCUUCGUCUGCAUGACCUGCAGCACCAAGCUGCGUGGCAAGCCUUUCUACGCUGUGGAGAAGAAGGCGUACUGUGAGCCUUGCUAUAUUAACACCCUUGAGACCUGCACCAUCUGCAGUAAGCCCAUCAUGGAGCGCAUCCUGCGGGCUACAGGGAAAGCCUACCACCCUCACUGCUUCACCUGUGUGGUGUGCCACCGCAGCCUGGACGGCAUCCCUUUCACUGUGGACGCGUCCAACCACAUCCACUGCAUCGAGGACUUUCACAAGAAGUUCGCUCCACGCUGCUGUGUGUGCUCUGAGCCUAUAAUGCCAGCACCGGGCCAGGAGGAGACCGUCCGUAUUGUGGCCCUGGACCGCGACUUCCACGUGCAGUGUUACCGCUGUGAGGACUGUGGCUCCCUGCUCUCAGAGGGGGAUAACCAGGGCUGCUACCCUCUGGACGGACACGUCCUCUGCAAAAACUGUAACACCAGCCGCAUCCAGGACCUCACCGCCAAGGCCACCACUGACCUCUGAACAACCCGCCGCCUGGUCACCUCCACUGUGAUAACCCAACGCUCGCUCUGUCUCUCUUUGUCUCUCCCUCUCUCUCUCUUUCUUUCUUUCUCUCGCAAACAUACCAACCCACAGAAGCUUGCAUUCCUCAGCAUAAAUAUAUAUCCCUCUAUAUAUACUCACUUUCAGUAAACAUAGCAUCACGUGUUCACCUGCAUACAUGUAUCUAUUGACUCGGUACAAUCACAGCAGAGGAGGCUGUGUGUUUUUAACUGUGCUGUUAAAGGAAUAGCUUAACAGUUUGGGAAAUAUGCUCAUAUGCUUUCUAACUGAGAGUUACAUGAGAGGAUCGAUGCCACUUUCAUUGUCCGUACACUAAAUAUGAAGCUACAGUCAGCAGCCGGCUAGCUUAGCUUAGCAUAAUAACAGCUAGCGAGGCUCUGUCAUUAUGCUCACUAAUUAACAUGUUGUACCUCACAUUUUUACGGCUGCUUCUAGGCAAGAAAUACUCCACUACAUUCUUAGAGCUUUGUUUCUGUACAGAUUUUAAUAAUGAGAUAAAACGUGUUACCUAGAAAGUAGUCUGAGUGGGCGGAAGUUCGCUGCAGAGAUCAGCCUCUCAUUGGGCGGAACAAGCCACCCGCUGAAGUCCCU